AAAUUUCAAUCAUAUAUGUGAAAUAUUAAACUGACGUUCAUGCUCAGUCACACCCGCUUAAAGAUGGGUUUUCCUUCCAGUCGCGUAAAAGCAACGUCCAUAUAAGGUCGCUGGAGCCACGACCCAGAAACCGGUGUAGGAUUUGGGUUUGUUCUGCAAGUAGUAGUAUGACUUUUUCCCUCUCUGCGCUGAUCAACACAAUCUGGGCAAACUGCAUAGACAUUGAAGGUUCUUCUUUUUCUUCUCUCUUUUCACUCUCUAUACCCAAAAAUGUGUCCAAUAUCCACUUCUCAAUCUUCUUAAAGAUUGAUUCUUUUCUGUAUAUUCAUAACAUUGACACAUAUUAUUUAUGGAUGUCUGUUCUUUUCUUUGUUUUAGAAGUUAAGUUGGAAUAACCCUAAAAACUAUGGAAUCCACAGAUGAAUAUUCACCGCACCAAUCUCAAUCUCGAACCCCGAAACCCAAAUCAAAAUCAACCCACUCGAAUGGAGUUGAUAUCGAUAUUGAUAUUUCUCAAUCAGCCAGAACCUUGUCUGAUAUUCUUACCAGAGUAUCACCUCAUGAUAUGGAAUCUGCACUUUCUUCCACUGGAAUUAAUCUUACUUGUGAUAUUAUCCAUGAAGUACUUAAACUUUCUUAUAGCAAUCCCGCUUCUGCUGUUGAAUUCUUUCGAUGGGCCGGGAGGUCUGGUACACACACCCCUUAUUCUUGGAAUUUAAUGGUGGAUUUGCUUGGAAAGAAUCAGUUGUUUGAGGCAAUGUGGGACGCCAUUCGCUCUAUGAAACAAGAAAAUGUGUUGUCAAUGGCUACUUUUGCUUCUGUUUUUGGUAGUUAUUGUAAAGCUGGUAGUUUUAGUGAGGCUAUAAUGAGUUUUGAUAUUAUGGAUAAGUAUGGUAUUCAGCAAGAUGUUAUUGCUGUCAAUUCGCUUUUAAGCGCAAUUUGUAAUGAGGACAAUCAGACUAUUAAGGCAGUGGAGUUUUUUGAUAGGAUUAAGUUGAAAAUUCCCCCGGAUGGUGAUACAUAUGCUAUUUUAUUGGAAGGAUGGGAGAAGGAAGGAAAUGCAGCUAAAGCUAAGAAUAUUUUUGGUGAGAUGGUGAUACACGUUGGAUGGAGUCCAGAGAAUAUGCCGGCUUAUAAUGCCUUUUUGAAUUUACUUGUCCGAGAGUCCCAAACUGAUGAUGCUUUCGACUUCCUUCGGCUUAUGAAAGAGAAGGGUUGCCUUCCAGGUUUGAAAUUUUACUCUGAUGCUCUUGACAUGCUUUUGAAGCGAAAUGAUGUUUUGCAUGCCGUUCCGAUGUGGGAUAUAAUGGUGGAUACUGGACUGAUGCCUAAUUUACUUAUGUACAAUUCGAUGAUUGGCUUGCUUUGUAAUAAUAAUGACAUUGACAAUGCAUUUCGGUUGUUUGAUGAUAUGGUUUUCCACGGAGCUUUUCCAGAUUUUUUGACAUAUAAAAUGAUUUUUCGAUGCCUGGUAAAAAACAAAAAGGUUUCUCAAGCUGCCAGCUUCUUUCAUGAGAUGAUCAAGAAUGAAAACCCUCCCACACAUUUGGAUUGUGCUGCAGCUAUCACAAUGUUUAUGGGCGGUGAUGACCCUGAAAUGGCAAUUGAAAUAUGGAACUACAUGGUUGAUGACCAGGAGUUGCCUCUUGAUGAGAGUGCAAAUGCACUUCUCGUGGGGCUUGGUAAUUUGGGUAGGUUAUCAGAGGUGAGUAGGUUUGCAGAAGAUAUGCUUGAUAGAAGAAUAAAUAUACAUGAAUCAACUAUGGCAAAGCUGAAGGCUUCUUUCUAUAAGGAGGGUAGAAGUUCAAGGGAUAGGUUUGAUAGCCUCUCAAGGAAAUGGAAAGCUUCCUAAAAGUGAUGCUUUAUAUCCCUUUUUGGUCCAUUCAGUGAAGGGGUUAUCUUUUCCAUUUUGGUAUUGCUGAGGAACCAUUUUUAAAUGGGGAAAUUAUCAGCUAGAAGAUGUUUGCUUUAACAGGCUCCCAAGGAGAUGCAUCAUCACCUCUCCAGAUUAUCUAUUACUUGCAGUGCUCUUGGAUUCAGUUCAGUUGGAUUCAUUGCGGCAGUUUGAGGAGGACCGAUCAGUAUCUUGAAUAUUUGGACACGGUUGAAAUUGCUUGAUGAUGUUGGAAGAUUUUUGAGAACUCAGUUGUAGUUUGGCAUGGAUUCAACUUGGAUUGCAUAAAUUUAAAAAUGAUAUAAUGGAAUCAAAAUCCAUUAUUUGGUAAAAUCAUAUGUUUAGCAUGUUGUUACCUUUCAUCUUGAGCGAGCUGUGCUGGUCAGAUGAAGCAAAGAUGUUCUUAGUUUGAUGGUGCAUUUGCAGAGCUGAAAGUGAUUGAGAGUAAUCAGUCAUUCCAAAAUCCCAUCUUCUUUCUUCUUCUCAAAAUAAACUCACUUUAGCACUUAAUAUAUAAGUUGCCCUUGCGAUUUACUA